AUGCACUUCUCCGCCUUCUUCGUUCAGGCUUUGAUUGCCGGCUCCGCCAUUGCCAUGCCAGCUUCGCUCAACAGCAAGCGUCAACUCCAAGUUAUCCAGGGUGCUCUGCAGAAUGUUCAGGAUUCCCUCGGUCAGCUUGAUACCACUGUCAAGGCUCUCAACGCAGCUGACCCUAACACCGCUGCAAACCUCCUCGAUGCUUCCAACAAGGUCCAGACCGUGCUCAAGCAGGGCACCACCCAGAUCCAGGGCGCGCAAGAGCUCUCCAUCGGCGAUGCCCUCACCCUCCAGCAGUCUGCCGGAGGUUUGACCACCGCCGUCCAGACUGCAGUCGACGACCUCGUCUCCAAGAAGCCCGAGCUUGACAAGCUCCAGGCCACGUCCAUCGCCGUUGACCAGCUGAAGCAGCAGAAGGCCGUUGCCGGUGAUUUCAGCAGCGCCGUUGUCUCCAAGAUCCCUGCCAUCGGUCAGGGUAUUGCCCAGCAGUCUGUCGACCAGGUCACCAACUCUCUGGACGGAGGUAUUCAGAAGCUCUCUGGGGGUGCCGCCGCCGCCGCCCCUGCCACCCCCGCUGCCCCGGCCGCUGCCGCGGAGCAGUUUCACGCCGAGGUUAUUGCCUAG